GAACCUCUCGAAGACGACCACGCUGGCAGCGAUAGUAGCACAGUGUUAGGUACGAGGCCUUUUAUUGCGAGGUCGCGCUAGGAGGGUCAAUGCUCGGAGGAGAAAGACAAGUAAGAGAUCCUCGGGAAUCGUGCUUGAUCCAGGAAAGAAAAAUCUGAUCAAUGAUCGGUUGCUGAUUCUGCUGCGGAUUUCUUGUUUGGUUCUUCUCAUUGCGGGCGUUGGGUCCUGGUCUCAAGGAGAGAUGGGGGAAUAAUUUUUUGGUAGUUGGGUUUCCGGAUUCUUCUGCAUCAGAUGCUCACGCGUUGUCUUUAACUCGAAUUUUCAGUUAGGAUUUAUCAGACAGAGGCCGUAGAGGGAGGUGAGGCGAUUUGACUCUUUUGAUCUUUCUUUUCUUGGCAAAAAGAAUUACACCUCGUUCUUCCUCUCUAGGCUGGAAGGAAACCUGAUCCACACUGGUCAGAUGGAUUCCCUUACAAGUUCUUGGAUGAUGAACUUUUGUGGGAGCCCAAUUUUCCCCAAGCAAGAUGCUGUUGUCUCAUGUGCAUUGAAGGAAAUAUUCGACUCUUCCACUUGUAUGAAUCAUCUGCUGGUGCUUGGCACUGCUGCGCUGAUUGUUAUCAUACUUGCACUCCAACUGCUUAUCAAAAUCCUGAAGAGGAGAGGAACUGCGCGACAGCUUGUCGUUCUCAAUUCGCCACUACAGUUGGCUGGUGUAGUGUUCAAUGGCUGCUUGGGUCUGAUUUAUCUUGGCCUAGGAUUGUGGAUGCUGGGAAGUAACUUCAGUCAUGAUGCUUCUGUUUACCUGAUACAUUGGUGGUUGGUAACCCUGUCUCAAGGACUCAGCUUGAUCCUUAUCAGCUUUGCUUUCAGUAUCAGGGCACCGUUUCUUGGAGUGACAUUUGCCCGGUUUUGGUCGGUUGUGCUGACUGUAUAUGCAGCAUUCGUUUGUUGCUCUUCAAUUGUUUACAUGGUCACAGAUAAGGCGAUCACCACGAAGUCUUGUUUAGAUGUUCUAUUCCUACCAGGUGCACUACUACUCCUUGCUUAUGGAAUUUGGGACAUCAAGGAAGAUGGUUGUGAAGGAAUUGAAAGUGCUUUAUAUAAGCCCCUGAACACUGAGACCGUUGAUGAUAUGGCUGAUUCUGAGAGUCAUGUAACGCCUUUUGCUAAAGCUGGUUUUUUCAGCGUCAUGUCAUUUUGGUGGCUGAACCCUUUGAUGAAGAUGGGUUAUGAGAAGCCCCUUGAGGAAAAAGACAUGCCACUUUUAGGUGCCUCAGAUCGAGCAUAUAAUCAAUAUUUGAUGUUCUUGGAGAAGCUGAACAUCAAGAAGCAGUUACAGCCACAUGCUACUCAGUCCGUAUUUUGGACUAUUGUUUCUUGUCACAAAAGUGGGAUCAUGGUCUCAGGUUUCUUCGCAUUGCUCAAGGUGCUCGCAAUAUCUUCAGGUCCAUUGCUUCUCAAGGCAUUCAUCAAUGUUUCGCUUGGGAAAGAGUCUUUUAAAUAUGAAGGCUUUGUGUUGGCUGCAACAAUGUUCUUUUGCAAAUGCUGCGAAUCUUUGUCACAGAGGCAGUGGUAUUUCCUCACUCGGAAGUUAGGACUCCAAGUGAGGUCAUUCCUAUCUGCCGCUAUCUAUAAGAAACAACAGAAGUUAUCAAACUUAGCUAAAAUGAAGCAUUCUUCUGGAGAGAUCAUGAACUAUGUUACUGUCGACGCCUACCGGAUUGGGGAAUUCCCGUACUGGUUCCAUCAGACAUGGACAACAAGCGUCCAACUUUGCAUUGCUCUGGUAAUUCUGUAUAGUGCAGUUGGUAUUGCCAUGAUUGCCUCGCUGGCUGUCAUCAUUAUCACUGUACUUUGCAAUGCUCCCCUGGCCAAACUGCAACACAAAUUUCAGAGUAAACUUAUGGAAGCCCAAGAUGCCAGACUGAAGGCCAUGUUAGAAUCCUUAAUUCAUAUGAAGGUCUUGAAACUUUAUGCGUGGGAAACUCAUUUCAAGAAGGUCAUUGAGGGGUUAAGGGAGAUUGAAUACAAGUGGUUGUCAGCAUUCCAGCUCAGGAAAGCAUACAACAGUUUUCUGUUCUGGUCAUCACCUGUUUUGGUUUCGGCUGCGACCUUCCUGGCAUGCUAUCUUUUGAAAAUUCCUCUGGAUGCUAGCAACGUCUUCUCCUUUGUGGCAACUCUGCGCCUUGUUCAAGAUCCAAUUAGGCAGAUACCAGAUGUGAUUGGAGUUGUGAUACAAGCUAAAGUUGCUUUCACUAGGAUAACAAAGUUUCUUGAUGCGCCUGAGCUGAAUGGACAAGUUAGGAAGAAAUACUGUGUGGGCACCGAGUAUCCAAUAGUGAUAAACUCCUGCAAUUUCUCAUGGAAUGAGAACCCAUCAAAACCAACUCUAAAGAAUAUAAAUUUGGUUGUCAAAGCUGGAGAGAAGGUUGCAAUCUGUGGCGAGGUAGGAUCAGGAAAGUCGACACUUUUGGCUUCAGUUCUUGGAGAGGUCCAGAAAACUGAAGGCACGAUCCAAGUUUGUGGGAAAAUAGCAUAUGUUUCUCAGAAUGCAUGGAUCCAAACAGGAACUGUGCAAGACAAUAUUCUCUUUGGGUCUAAGAUGGACAGGCAAAGAUUCCAAGAAACACUUGAGAGGUGCUCUUUAGUGAAAGACCUUGAAAUGCUGCCAUAUGGAGACCGUACUCAAAUUGGGGAGAGAGGAGUAAAUCUUAGCGGUGGUCAGAAGCAGCGUGUUCAGCUUGCUCGCGCGUUAUACCAAAAUGCAGACACAUAUCUUCUUGAUGACCCUUUCAGUGCUGUUGAUGCCCAUACAGCAACAAGUCUCUUUAAUGAUUAUGUCAUGGGAGCUCUAUCAGACAAGACUGUUCUUUUGGUGACCCACCAAGUUGAUUUUCUACCCGUAUUUGAUUCCAUUCUGUUAAUGUCAGACGGCGAGAUUAUUCGAUCUGCACCUUACCAAGAUCUACUAGCAUAUUGUCAAGAAUUUCAGAACCUUGUAAAUGCCCAUAAAGAUACUAUUGGUGUUUUAGAUAUUAACAAAGUGCCUCCCCACAGAGCAAAGGAAAUAUCAAUCAAGGACACAAAUGAUAUCCAUGGAAGCAGAUAUAUAGAAUCUGUGGAGCAAUCACCAGUUGAUCAACUGAUCAAGACAGAGGAAAGAGAAAUGGGGGAUACAGGUCUCAAACCUUAUAUCCUCUACCUGCGUCAGAACAAAGGCUUCUUAUAUGCCUCUCUCUGUGUUAUUUCCCACAUUAUUUUCGUAUCUGGGCAAAUAUCACAGAAUACAUGGAUGGCUGCUAAUGUCCAGAAUCCGGAUGUUAGUACACUGAAGUUGAUUUCUGUCUACAUUGCUAUUGGAAUCUGCACGAUGUUCUUCUUGCUAUCUAGAUCGUUCGCAGUUGUUGUUCUUGGGGUCCAGACAUCAAGAUCCUUUUUUUCCCAGUUACUCAACUCAUUAUUCCGUGCACCGAUGUCCUUUUUUGAUUGUACCCCUCUAGGAAGGGUACUUAGCCGGGUUUCUUCAGAUUUGAGUAUUGUUGACCUUGAUGUUCCAUUCGCCUUCAUGUUUAGCAUUAGUGCCAGCUUAAAUGCAUAUAGCAAUCUGGGGGUAUUGGCUGUUGUUACAUGGCAAGUUCUGUUUGUCGCCGUGCCAACGAUAGUUUUGGCAAUCAGGUUGCAGAGGUACUAUUUAGCCUCAGCUAAGGAAUUGAUGAGGAUCAAUGGCACUACCAAAUCGGCUCUAGCUAAUCACUUAGGCGAAUCAGUUUCAGGGGCUAUAACAAUAAGGGCCUUUGAGGAAGAAGAUCGUUUCUUUGAGAAAAAUUUGGAGCUUGUUGACAAGAAUGCUGGUUCAUAUUUUUAUAAUUUUGCAGCAACUGAAUGGCUGAUUCAACGCUUGGAGACAAUGAGUGCUGCAGUUCUUUCUUUUUCUGCCUUUGUCAUGGCUCUUCUUCCUCAAGGAACUUUUAGCCCUGGUUUUGUAGGGAUGGCAUUGUCCUAUGGUCUAUCCCUAAAUAUAUCCUUUGUUUUCUCUAUUCAAAACCAGUGCCAGCUUGCAAAUCAAAUCAUCUCUGUGGAAAGGGUGAACCAAUACAUGGACAUACCAAGUGAAGCAGCAGAGAUUAUUGAAGAAAAUCGACCAUCACCAGACUGGCCCCAAGUUGGCAGGGUGGAGCUUAAAGAUUUGAAGAUUAGGUACAGGCAAGAUGCUCCUCUUGUACUAAAUGGAAUCACUUGCUCUUUUGACGGUGGAGAUAAGAUCGGUAUAGUUGGCCGGACAGGAAGUGGCAAGACAACUUUAAUUGGCGCAUUGUUUCGUCUAGUUGAGCCAGCUGGAGGGAAAAUAAUAAUAGACUCAGUAGACAUCACAACAAUAGGGUUACAUGACCUGCGUUCACGUUUGGGUAUCAUUCCACAAGAUCCAACACUUUUUCACGGUAGCAUAAGAUAUAAUCUAGACCCUCUUGGGCAAUUCGCCGACCAACAAAUGUGGGAGGUUCUUGACAAAUGUCAGCUUCUUGAAGCUGUCCAGGAGAAGGAACAGGGAUUGGAUUCACUUGUUGUCGAAGAUGGGUCAAACUGGAGCAUGGGCCAAAGGCAGCUCUUUUGUUUGGGACGUGCACUUUUGAGAAGAUGCCGUAUUUUAGUUCUCGACGAGGCCACAGCUUCUAUAGACAAUGCAACUGAUGCUGUUCUUCAGAAAACAAUCAGGACAGAAUUCAAAGAUUGCACUGUUAUCACUGUCGCACACCGUAUACCAACAGUUAUGGACUGCACCAUGGUACUUGCAAUGCGUGACGGGAAAGUAGUGGAGUAUGACAAACCUACGAAGCUCAUGGAAACCGAAGGAUCGCUCUUCCGCGAGCUUGUCAAAGAGUACUGGUCAUACACUUCGAAUGGAAACAUUUAGAACAAGUUAUCAAUUAUGUAUGUUUACUCUCUGCAGUCUCUAGAAAGAGAGAGACAAAAACCUGCGCUCAUAUAUCAGAGGAGCUCGUUUACUUGGAGUCUGAAGAAAAAGCACCAGAUGUUGUCGGGAAAUGCUAUUUUCUUAUCUAGUUUCUACCUGAAAUUUUGAUCAACUUAUGCACAGCUUCUGUUCAUGGCUCUUUGCUGCGCCAUUCAAGUCAUUGCUUGGUUCAUUUGGAAACACCGCAAUGAAUGUGUCUUUGAUAAUGCGAGUCCUUGUGCCUCCUCGCUGGUCCAGAAGAUCGCUGAGGAAGCCUCUUCCUGGUGUUCGGCGGGUGCUGCUGGAUUUUCUUCGUUCUUGUUCUUUGCUUAGCACGAUGGCAGUGGUGGUUGAUCAGUGUUUGAUCAAUGAGCAUUUGUGUGUGCGCGUUUUGGGGAUGUUUUUGUAUUUUCGCGUUUGCGUUUGUUUUUGAUCUUUUGUAAAGCUGUGUUGCGGUGCGUGUGUUGUUUUGAGUUUGGUGUACCACCAUUUUAUUAUUCCUUCUUAAUAUAACAACGGGCAGUUCUCCUGCCGGUUCGAAAAAAAGAAGAAAGAAUUAGAGAGUGAAAACUGGAGGUUCAUUCA